CAAGGAAACUUCACUGCCAGCAGACGUUGCGAACGUUUUUGUGUGGACGAAACCGAAAUUUGCUAAAGUAAAUAGUGAUUGAAUCUAAUCUCCAAUAGAACACGGAAGUGAUUCCCGGCCAAAACCAACCAUGACAAUACCUCCAGGAUUGUGGCCAAAAUAUGAGUACUUACAUUUACAAAACAAAGCAAAACUUAAAUCGAUGAACGAUAAGCUAACGGAAUUGAAGCGCAAUGAGGUGAUGAAGAAAACCAUGCUGGAUGAGUCUGAGAAACGGAAGAAAAAUCUCCAGGACAUUGAUCGGGAACGUCAAAUGAAAUGCGACGAUUCGGGAAAUAUACUGGAAGGCAUGCAUGACCCUGCCUUCGAUGGAGCUGCACGAAAGAUCAUUGAUAGAGCAAUGAUUGCCAAACAAGAACAGGAGGAGGAAGUUAGGCGAGCCAACCGAAUCAUACUGGCUGCCAAAUGUCAUAUUAUAAGAGAUGCACAGAUAGCGGAAAAGCAGGAAAUCGAACGGGAAUUGAGAGCGGAGGAACUUCGAAUGCAGAAACUUGUUCUGGAGGAAAAUCGGAAGGCACGUGAAGAAGAGGAAAAAAAGAGAGAACAGACUAAGCACAUGACGGAAAUUCAUUCCGAAGAAAUACGCAAUCAACUACAGCAAAAGGAAAAACUGAAACUCAAGGAAGCCGAGCGAAUCGAGGAAGAAGCACGAGUACUGAAGCAAGCACAAGUGGCGCUGGCUGCCGAAGAAAAACGCCGAGAAAAAGAGAAAAAUGAUCGCACUCGCGCAAUUCGCGAAGAUUUGAAAAAAGCAUAUGAACUAUCUGCCUACUACAAACAGUUGGAAUUUGAAGAACAACGUAUCGCAGAGUUGAAGGUGCAAGAGUACACCAGGCAAAGGAACGAACGCAUAGCUAAGCUAGAGUUCGAGAAAAAGAUUGCAACUGAGGUGAAGGAACGUGAACACGAUCGAAUGUUGAAAAUCCAACAGAAGUUAUUGAACACGAAAUCAGUUAAAAAUGACAUGGAUUUGCGCCGGGAUCAGGAGCACAUAGAAAGACAAUUCCGAAGUCGCGAGAAAGAGGCAGCUCGUAAAAAACGAGCACUGGAACAACAAAUUGCGGCAGCCCGUGCAGCUCAGCUGGAAGCGGUCAAAACGGAGCGAGCUAUGCAAAUUGCCCGGGAUGAGUUGGACCACAAAAAAGUGGUGGAAAAGUUGAAACAACAGGAACAGAAAGAACUCGAGAGUAAGCGUAAACUGGCGCACCUGCGAGAAAAAUACCGCACCGAAAUUAUUCGCCAAAUCAAUCUCAAAGAGCAAGACUGUCGCGAGACGGAACUUCGGUCCAAGAAAGAACACGCUGCCAUGCAGGAAGCCGCCAAAAAGCGUGAAAUGGCAAUCAAAAGCACCAUCGCGAACAAAAUUAAGAUGAUGAAGGAGAUGAAUGUUCCUGAUCGUUUUAUAAAGGACGUUGAGCGGCAAUUGAAAGCGAAUUAACUCGUUUCAAAUCAUUUUGAUACUGCCUUAUUUUAUACUUUCGAAUGAAUUAUACAAAUGAAUACGAUAAAAACAGACCUCCAAUAAACUUUUAUUUCAU